AUGUGGUGUAGUACUGCUACUCCUGGUGCUUGUUAUUUUAUUUCUCAACGAGGCAGGCUUCUCAAACAAGGAAAUUUUACUCACUCGUAUCCCUUCUAUUGGAGAUCUGAAAGACCCCUUAUUUAUAGAGUUAUUCCCAGCUGGUUUAUUAGAGUGGAAAGUAUCAAAGACCAAUUGCUUGAGAACAUUAAAAAGACCUAUUGGGUUCCUGAUUUUGUCAAGGAAAAACGUUUCCACAAUUGGCUUGAAAAUGCUAGAGAUUGGGCCGUGAGUAGAAGCAGAUUUUGGGAAACACCGCUUCCUAUCUGGAUGAGUGAGGAUGGAAAAGAAAUGAGAGUCAUUUCUUCCAUUGAAGAACUUGAAAGAGAAUCAGGGGAAAAGGUGCAUGGCGAGCUAGAUGGAGAUGAAUGAAGUAUAUAUUGUCAUUCAACAAAUGGAGUGUACACGUCGGUGACUAAUUUUAUUUAGUUCGAGUUUGUGAAGAUUAGGAUUUGUAUUUUGGAAGAUUUUUAAUUAGUAAACUUUUAUUAUUUAUUAUUAGUUAGUAUCGGUAGUGUAAUAUAUAUGGAAACAAUAUUUUGUAAUGUAUCGUACAUAUUAUAUAUACUUCGUUUAUUGU